AUGACCACCGCCCACCUCCUCACCUACCUCCUCCCCAUCACCUCCACCAAGCUCGGCCGCCUUACCACCAGCGCGCACCGCCCACACCAAAACUUCCACGACCCCCUCCCGCCACGCCCCAGCACCACCGAAAUGCACACCGCCCACCACACCAACUUCCGCGAAACCCGCACCUUCACCAAGCGCUCCCGCCUCAACGUCGGCCUCGCCGACCUCCUCUCCCUCCGCUUCACCACCACCUCCACCGGCGCCGCCACCCUCGCCGCGCCACAGACCACCACCAGCGACCUACAGAACUCCGACGUGUGGUUCGCCGAGGCGUGUGCGCAGCCCGAGACGCAGCGGUGGAUGCAGGCCGCCGCGAAGCGCGGCGACAGCGUGUACCUCGUUGUCGGCAUCCGCAGCGCGUGCAACGCCACGCUGACCUCCGAGCGCGCGGGCGGCGGGAGUAUGGGUGUGCUAGCGGUUGUGCCAGGGACGGCGCUGGUGCCGCCGGAGGCAGCGGUGGGGGGGCGGUGGGGCGGCGAGGGGGAGGUGGGGAUGAAGGCGGUGGGGGAGGUGGUGUAUGCGGUGCUGUACCGGAAGGUUCGGCUGCGGACGGUGUUUGCGAAGAGUGUGGAGGGGGCGGCGGUGCUGGAGGGCGGGUGCAGGUGGAGGGAGGUGUGGGAUUGGACGGUGUCGCAGAGGGAGAGGCAGGGGGGUUCUAUGCGCUCGCCGUGGAUGGGUCGUUUGCGCUCGCCGUUGACGGGUAGCUAUAUUCCUCUCAAGGGUGAGGACGUGGGUGGCCGGGGUGAAGAGGUGGACAUGGGGAUCUCCGGUGGCGGCGGGGAUGGGGCGCUAGAUGCGCUGUUGGAGAAACUCAGGACAGAGAACCCGAGUCUUAGACAGCAGCGGCGUCGGGCGAGGGUCCGGGCCCAGAGGAGGGCUCGCAUAGCGGCGGUGGAGGGAGAAGGAGGAGUAAAAGAAGGAGAAGAAGAAGAAGGAGAGGAACUGUCUUUUUGCAUUCUAUCUGAGAUAGCGCGCCGUAGGGUGAGGCCUGGGCAGUUGAACCCCGUCGCCGUCCCCCCCGAUUGUGAUGCGCCAAAGUCGGGGCCGGAGCGGCCACAGAGGACCCUAUCCGCCCUGGAGAAGGUGAUCGCCGAGAAACAUCACAAGAUCGAAAUUAACAUGUUGCCAUUCCCAUUCCCGGAGGAUAUUGGGUGGUCGCGCCCUGCCAUAGCAGAGCGGCGGCCACAGAGGACCCGACCCGACCUUGUUAAAGCGGUCGCUGAGAGACAGAACACGAUCAGCAAUGACAUGUGGCUAUUUCCAGGGCAGGACGAUAUCCAGAGGUCACGUCCUGUCAUACCAGAGGCGCCCCCUCUUCCGACGCAGGCGGAUAUGGGGGCCCCGCCCGUGCAGGAGGAGGGGGAAGUGCACUGGGAGGCAUCGCUGGACGACGACGAGUGGUGGGUUGUAGAGGAGGAUGUGGAGGAGGAGGAGGAGGAGGAUAUCUAUUCCCUUAUAUCUGAUGGUGAGGGAUGGCAGUUGUAG